CAAUUCUCUUCGACUAUUGCAUUUCGCCCCAACGAUUCAUCUUACAUUUGAUGGCCGGAUGAAUAGCCCGAGUUUGUUAUCGUAUGAGUCAUCAGAACCAACCCCCAACAUCAUAUCUGUCGCCUUCUCCGCAAUCGCAUGGAUCGUCGCCUGGAUAUGCGCCUCAACAUGCAGCGGUAACACGCUCGCAUCCACAACUCGCAGGCCCUUCAUUCCAUGUCGACACUGCGUCUACUCUGCUGUCACCACAUGGGAGCGUCGCGAAAGUCCCUCCCGGAUGCCAAUCUGUCGUCGUGGUCGCUUUCAUAUCUUCCAAUCUGAUUCAUCUUCCGGUGGGCACACCCGCUGCUUGGAAAUAUGACGCAGAGGUCCAGCGCGGGGGAUGUGCUCUCUCACAUAGUUGGGAGAGGCGUUUCUCCAUCAGGGCCCUUGUUUGCCACCAUCAUCCACCAAGUAGACUCAUUAACGUUGCUAUUUAUUUCCGAUCCUGAUUUCCACGCCUCUCCAAGCCUUUCCAUUAACAUAAUCUCUUCCGUCAUCACCAAUCUUCAU